GCCAAACAGCCCAUUUCAAAAGGUGUCAUCAUUUUUAUUAGAGAAAACUUCUGGUUGGUUGGGCAUAUCCUACGUGGAGGACUCGGCAAAUGACUUGAGACAUGUUUUACGAGAACUCCACAUGGAAGAAACAUAAAAGUUGUGGGACUACAUCUCUCCUCCCUAUGACCCCAAAGAAACCCCAGCAGUGGCUGCAAGUUGUCGGACAUGCAGGGAGCUUUCAUGUUGGGGAUUACGGCACCCUGCUCAAGAGGUUUUGUGAGGGGGAGCAACAGUGCUACCUCAGGCUGAUGGAGGACACUUUAAGGCCCUUUGUUCCAGCCUACCACGGGGUAGUGCAACGAGACGAGCAGGAUUACAACAUGAUGGAUAACUUGCUGACCCAUUUCAACACGCCUGCCAUCAUGGACUGCAAGAUGGGCAGCCGCACGUACCUGGAGAGGGAGCUGCUGUUGGCCAGAGAGCGGCCGCAGCCCCGUAACGACAUGUAUGAGAAGAUGGUGGCAGUGGACCCAGAGGCCCCUACGGUGCAGGAGCGAGCCCAGCAGGCAGUGCUGAAAACCAGGUACAUGCAGUGGAGGGAGACGCUGAGCUCCACCACGUCUCUGGGUUUUCGUAUCGAAGGAUUCAAGAAGUCAAAUGAAGAAUGUCACACAAACUUCAAAAGGACCAAAAGCAGGGAGCAAGUGAUGACAGCUUUCACCAACUUUGUUGAGUCGAAUACACACAUUGUGUGGGGCUAUCUGAGACGGUUGAAAGAACUGCGGCAGGUCUUGGAGGAGUCCGUCUUCUUCAGAACACAUGAGGUCGUGGGCAGUUCCUUACUGUUCCUUCAUGACUGGAAAGGCAGAACAGGAGUCUGGAUGAUUGACUUUGGAAAGACAGCGGUAUUGCCAGCACACCUCACCUUGGACCACCGCACUCCGUGGGUGGAGGGCAAUCGAGAAGAUGGCUACCUGUGGGGUCUGGACAACCUCAUAGAUAUCCUGUCCAACAUGCUGCCACUGACCUGAAUACUUAAAAUGUGGACAUUUACUCUUAAUCUUUCCUUUAAGACUCACAAUGGAAGUGAGUGAAUGCCGAUGGACUUCUGGACUCUGAAAUGGUUUGACAGAAUUAUGGGAUUAACUAUAUUGGGAAACGCAUUAUGAGGGUUAUGGAUUAUGAUAUCAACACAUUUUGCAAAAUUUGCUCUUAAAUAAAUUAUUUCCUGCAUUUAGGCUACAGCAUUGGUCAAAAGGUAAUUGGUGAUCCAUGGAAUCUCAACCUGAGCCUCUUAAAGUUUGACCACUGAUUGAAUAGACAUAAACUAGCCUCCACUGAUCUGCCACUCACAAUGAGCUUACCCUGUGAGAGCCACACUUAAUCUAAAUUUCCAGCCUCAGCACAACCAACCCAAAUGUCUCGAGGUAACCUGCUCAUUAUUUCAGGAAAAACAUGGCACAAGCAGUUCUAGGAAAAAUAUAUGGCUGCUCCCUCUGCCUUGACAUUAUAAGCAAUUUAAAAGUCACACUUUGUCAAAAAAUGGUGCUAAAACGUUCAAAGUGGGGCAUUAUUUUUCUGCUUUUCUUUAAGUCAUUUGUUUGCAUAUUAUCAUCAUUUGUUUUAAACAUUACAUUUAGAAAUGAAACACUUUGCUUUGUAGCUUUAAUGGAUAUCAAAUGAAGUCAUGUGGCAGUUAAUGCAAUCAAACUCCACAUACCGUUAAUAUGAUUAUUAGGGUGUUUCUUGUGGUCUAACAUUACCAGACCUUUGCACAUAGUGAAUGAUGGGGUUAAUAAUUAGAUUUUUACAUUUAUUUCAUCUAUAUUCUCUUUUUCUUGCCCUUUACUUAUUAGGGGCCAAUAAUUUAAAAUAUCUCUAAAACUAUUAGAGAAAUGUAGCUUUUUUAUUAACAGAUGUUCAUGGCAGCCUUAAGAUAAUUCCUCAUGACUUUUCUGUCUUCCACUUCAAGGCCACCACAAGGUUGAUGUUUCAGUGAAGCGUCUCUUCAACUACUAGAUUGUCAUGAGGCAGCACCAUCAACAACACACAAUUGUUGUUUGCCCAGUAUUCAAUAUUUACAAAACUGGCGCCUCAGCUUUCCUGUUUACUGCAACUUAGUACAUGCUAGCCUGGUAAAAUGUUAGCAUUAUAGCUUUAGCAUUAAGCUAAAAGAACAUUGUUCCUACCUACAGUCUCAAAGAGCCGAUAGAAAGAAGCACUAGUAGAAUCAACAUUACAUUUGUUAUCAGCCCACUGGGUACUAUCACACUAUUUAUACUUUUAUCUUUUUAGAGACAAGUGACUAGUUAAUGCUAUAAUAACCUUUUGUGAGUAGUUGGUUGUCAAUGUCAGACAGAGUUUUUAAAAUGGUAUAAAACUCCCUCAUGUGUCCUUCCUGCAGCUGACUGAUUGACGGGUUGGAUUUGCACCUUUCUCUCUUCAGUGUGAGGCGACACAUGCAAACCUGCUGUUUUUAUCCUCUUUACAAGUAUAAACUUUGUACUGUUUUGUAUAAGUUAAUAUAUCAAGAUCAAGCAGAUGGCAGUUGAUCUGUCAAAACAAAACAAAAUGUUUGAUUCAUUGCAGAUUGAUGUGAAAUUAACCAUUGGCUAAAAAUAUCACACUCUAUUAAAGCACUGUAGUACUGUAUUAAAAUAAACAACUUAAGUAAAGUAAAA